AUGAGCGGCCAUUCACCGAAGAAGGAAGCCACACCGCUACUGAUCGGAUUCAGUAGCUCUUCUUUCAGCAUCGAACUGUUCGUGUCGUUCGCAUUAUGUCUGGACGUGGAAAAGGAGGCAAAGUCCCGUUCGAGCCGCGCUGGAUUGCAGUUUCCAGUCGGUCGUAUUCACCGUCUCCUCCGAAAGGGCAACUAUGCCGAGCGUGUUGGAGCCGGUGCUCCCGUCUACCUGGCUGCCGUGAUGGAGUAUCUGGUCGCUGAAGUUCUCAAGUUGGCAGGAAAUGCCGCUCGUGACAACAAGAAAACCCGAAUUAUCCCACGUCACCUGCAGUUGGCCAUCCGCAACGACGAAGAGCUGAACAAACUUCUUUCCGGAGUGACCAUCGCUCAGGGUGGUGUCCUGCCAAACAUCCAGGCCGUCCUGUUGCCCAAGAAGACCGAAAAGAAGGCUUAA